CUCUCUCUCCACAUAGAUCUAUCAUUCGCUCUUCUCUCUGCAACUUUCCGAUUUCCGAUUCCCAUAAUCGUCCUGAAACGCCAAUCAAUCUCAGACGCACACAUAUACAGUAUAUACGUGUGUAUGUAUAUCUGUAUGAACUAGAAAACUUUGGCUUUCAUCUCUCUGAAUCGCUUCUUUCGGUGCCUAAUAAAAUAAGGGAGGUUAAAUCAGUAUAUAUUUUAAAACCCAGAAUUUGUCAGCCCUAGAAAUCUCGUGAUCUAGGGUUUCAGGGGUAGGUUCCGAGGGGCGGAGGACUUGCUGAGAGUGAGAGAAUGGCUACCCCAUACGCUGCUCCGAUAAGUGCUACUCAGGUUGGUUCGUACUUUGUGCAACAAUUUUAUCAGGUGCUGCAACAGCAACCGGAUUAUGUUCAUCAGUUCUACACGGAUGCCAGCUCCAUUGUUAGAGUUGAUGGAGAAUCCGCCGAGUCAGCUUCCUCACUCCUGGAAAUACAUUCACUUCUCAUGUCAGUAGGAUUCUCAGGGAUUAAGGUUAAGACAAUAAAUUCUCUUGAAUCUUGGAACGGAGGUGUUCUCGUGGUGGUUUCUGGUUCUGUCAAGCUGAAAGAUGUUAGUGGGUGGAGGGAUUUUGUGCAGACAUUUUUCCUUGCUCCACAGGAAAAGGGCUUCUUUGUUCUUAAUGACGUCUUCCAUUUUGGUGACAUGGAGGCGAAGAACCAACCGCCAGCGCCUCUGGUAGUUUCGGAAAACAAUUUUGGUGCUCAACCAACUGCCCCUAGUCCUCCGCAUGCAGAGGCACCAGCCUCUGACUAUGCCUUGGAGGAAGAAGCUAGGGAAUAUGUCAACAUGGUCAACCUAGAUGGAAACAAUUCUGUUGGUAAGUACAGUUAUUCAGAGAAUCAGCAAGAUUUACAAGAACAUGUCCCUGAGACAGAAACAGUGCAUGAGGAACCUCCUUUCGAAGAAGAGCCAUUUACUUUGCAGAACAAUGUGGAAGCUUUGGAGGUGCCUGAACCUUCUUGGGAAGAACCUGUUGGAGAGCAGUCAAAGCUUAGUUACGCUUCCAUAUUGCGCGCACCAAAAGGAAAAUCUCCACCAUCAGUUAGUGUCCAGCAACCUUUCACCAAGAGCGUACAGCCUACUUCAGACUGGCAACCAGUUGUCCAGCAUACAGAUGCUGCCUCAACUGUUUUGCCUGAUAACAGCCAUGAGCUAGCAGAUGAAGGCUUAUUUCAAGAAGGGGAAUCAUUGUCUGUGUAUGUGAGGAACUUGCCAUCAAGUGUAUCAACUCUAGAUAUUGUGCAAGAGUUUAAGAACUUUGGAACAAUCAAGCAAGAUGGGGUGUUCUUAAGAAACCGAAAGGAUGUUGGUGUCUGCUAUGCCUUUGUUGAGUUUGAAGAUGUGCAGGGUGUUCAGAAUGCACUCAAGGCUUCACCAAUACUAUUAGCUGGAAGGCAAGUCUACAUUGAGGAGAGGAGACAAAACAACAAUAGUGCUUCACGCGGAGGAAGAGGAAGAGGUGGAAGGGGUAGAGGAGGUCGUUCUGGGGGACGGACAUUCGGAAGGGGAGUCUAUCAAGAUAGCGUUGAUUAUAACAGGGUGAAGAGUAAUGGCUUUCGUGCUGCAUGAUACAAAAUAUCAAUCACUAGUCUCUUGUGUGAUGGAUCAUUAGAAAGAAGAUCCAAUCAAUGGAAGUUGUGACUCAUUAUGAGGUUUAUGCGUAGCAUUUGUGGGAUGUAGGUUAAUGUUUUUUUGUUUUCUUCCCCCCGUUACAUUUGAAAUGCAAGCAUACAAUCAAUUCGCGUGCCUUUUUUCCUCUUGAUUGCUUUUAUUGUCUUCAAUCUAAGAGGUACAUCUUUUACAUUGGGUUUGAAAUUUUGAUUAAAUUUACGGA